AUGUGGUCAUUUCAAAUUUCAAGUUUGCGUACAUUUUUAGUUAUAAUAAUAUCACAUAGAAGAAUAACAACAGAAGAUUUAUGUUUAUUCUCAACAAUAUUACAAGAUGAUAUUAUUAUUAAAAAUAUUUCAAAUUGGUCAGUAUUAAAUGAUUUUAUUAAAUUAUUUCGUACUAUUUUACAUACUGAAUUUGUUACGAAUAUUUAUUAUGAAUUAAUCAAUGAUGAAAUAGAAUCAAAGAACACUCUUGAAGCUGGUCGUUUUAAAGGUAAAAAAAUUCUUUAA